GAGUGGGUCGCGUGAGAGGUGUGGCGGCCAACGUCGUCACGCUGCCAGCCACCAGCUGAGAGCCCGCGGCCGCGGCGGUACAAACAUUGUCAAAACAUGUUUUGACUAAACUCGCUAUAUAAUUUACUGGCCUUGUUUACCGUACUUCAGUGCACUGCUACACUUUACUCUGCUACAAUCUGUCUACUGAUAAAAGAUAUCUGCAUCUUGUUCGGAGAUUUUCAGCAAAACUAUAAAUAGUACAGGAAGUGGGAACGUUCCUCCUCUCCAGUGAAAGUGUUGUGACCUGUUGGAACUGUGUUGUGUGGUUACAGUACUAGUGCGUUCCGUUUAACGUGACAACUUGUGAAACGAUUUGUGUUAAUUAAACAACAGACGUUUAAAAGUGAUUUAUGAUUUUUUUUAUCAACUAAAUACAAUAUUUUAACUUAGUGCUGCAUAAUUAUAGCAUUAUAAAAAUAUUUUCAUAAUAAAACAGUUGUCAAAACGAAUUUGAAGCAUAGAAUAGUACGUGUUACGAAACGUUUUAGAUUUGUUUUGAUUUGCUCAGGUUGGUAGAACUGUGCGGAGAUCGUACGAUACUACGUCAUUGUGAAGUUGUCAUUGAUUUAUUUAUAUUUUGCGAAUUUUACUCGCAGCGUCAAGGUUUUGCGCUAAAAUCGCACAUUCCCAUUCAGUGGCUCGGUGGAAGCAGACGGCGCAUCGAUAAAUAAAUAAUACUUCGCAUAAACUAUUGACCUGACGUUCACUGUGUAUUUGAAACAAAGAGUGACGUGCGCUGGUGUAGUCGGGCAGUAUAUGAGUGCGCGUAUGUCCGUGUUGGUGCGGUGCUAGUGUCCAGUACGAGGUGGUGUUACAACUGCUAAGAUGUCGUCGCUGGGCGGGCAGUGGCGCGUGAUCCGCCACUACCUGUCGCUGAGCAACAUGCAGGCCGAGGUGGAGAAGCUGGUGCAGAAGAUCAAGCCCGCCACCCCCGAGCAGUGGGACAAUUUAAUACGGAAGUUUGAGAAGGUGAUGUCAGCUCGACUGACCCCUGUGGCUGAGGCUGAGAAGACAGCCACGGUUGCAACUGAUAAACUGAAAGCCUCCACUGUUGAAGAGACCAAAACCCCUGCACAGGAAGUCAGCAAGUCCCCGAGUAAACUGGUGGCAGAGAGUAAGUCCAAGGAGGCGGCGGCCCCCAGCGUGGGGUCGGAGAUGAAGGAGCUGUCCAUGGAGAGCUUGCUGCAGGGCCUGCGCCUCAAGAAGGACACCACACUCGGCAAGAUAUCCGAGCCCACCUGGAAGGAACAGAAGCACACCGUCUCCAAGUCGUCGAUCCACUCCCGCACGGCGUACGUGAUCAGCGCGGUGGUGGCGGCGGAGAGCUCGGAGAGCGUGCUCACGCGCUGCGAGCGGCUCGUGGAACAUCUGCACGACUACCCCGAGGCCAGGGACUAUGCCAUCAAGGAGGGCGCGGUGCGGGCGCUACUGCGGGUGCAGCACGGACUGGACAUGCAGGAGCCGCUCGCGCGGGACAUACACGGCGUCGUCAACGAGGCGCUGGCGUUGGUGGGGUACUGCGGCCCCCCGCGGGGCCCGGGGCCCAACAUCCUGGCGCUGGACGGCGGCGGCAUCCGCGGCAUCAUCGCCAUCGAGAUGCUGCGGCACCUGGAGCGGCAGACGGGGCGCCGCGUCACCGAGCUGUUCGACUACAUCGUGGGCGUCAGCACCGGCGCCAUCAUCGCCGCCGUGCUGGGCAGCGGCGCCAGCCUCGACGCCGCGCGGCACAUGUACUACACGCUGUCGCGGGAGAUGUUCGGGAACACCUCGCUACUCGGCGGCGGCGCGCGGCUCGUGUGGACCCACUCGUACUACGACACGGCGGCCUGGGAGCGCAUGCUGCAGGACAACCUCGGGGACUGCACGCUCACGCAGUGCAACCGGAACAACGCGCCCAAGCUGGCGGUGGUGUCGUGCGUGGUGAACGCGGGGUCGCGGCUGUCCCCGUUCCUGUUCCGCAGCUACGAGGUGGGCUGGCGGCGGCGCUCCGUGUUCCCGGGCACGUCGCGCGCGCGCCUGUGGGCCGCCGUGCGCGCGUCGGCCGCGGCGCCGACGUACUUCGACGAGUUCCGGCUGGACGGGCUGCUGCACCAGGACGGCGGCAUCAUGGUCAACAACCCCGCCGCCGUGGCGCUGCACGAGGCGCGCCUGCUGUGGGGGCCCGGCGCCGUGCGGGCCGGUACUGUAGUGUCGCUGGGCACGGGCCGCGCCCUGGCCGCGCACACGGACUACCGCCGCAUGGCCGGCCGCGACGCGCCCGCGCCCACCUCCUGGAAGGACAAGUUCAACAAGAUACUCGACUCCGCCACCGACACCGAAGGUGUGCACCAGGUCCUGAACGACUUGCUCCCCGAGGGCAGCUACUUCCGCUUCAACCCGCCGCUGAUGCAGGAGUGCGCCAUGGACGAGAUCGACGCGGCCAAGCUGGACAGCAUGGUGGUGGACACGGCGGCGUACAUCCGCCGCAACCAGUACAAGUUCCAGCGCGCCGCCGCCAUGUUGGCUCGCCCGCGCCCGCUGCUGCAGCGAGCUAUCGACCUCGCCACGCACCGCGCGCAGCUCGCCGGCGCCGUGGCCUACUGACGCAGGGACAGCGCUGCGGCGAGCCAAACCCUCCAGUAGCUCGCCGCAGCGACGCAGUGACAGACAUACUGUGAUAGUGACAAUUAGUGACACGGUCGCGCCUCGAAUGUUCAUGUUUCGUACUACAAGUACUUACUGUUAGUGUUUAAUGCUGUACUGUACUUGGGACAGUUGUCCAGCAUUGACUUGCGCUGAAUGUUGUAGUUAAGUAUAAUGAUGAAGCAAUAUUAUUUAGUAGUCUAGUUAGUAGUAAUACUGGUGUACACAUGCAAUGUGUGCACGUGGAAUAGUGUCACACACACACAUAUAUAGAUAUAUUGUAAAUAGUCCCCUCGCUAGUGUUGUAGUGGCGGCUGAAUAUUCCUCACGUAUGUACCUCGCUAUACAGCGUGUAUAGUUACUAGUAAUGUUCAUAUUGUUGAGUAAAGUCGAACUAUUGUUAAUUAUUUGCAUUUUGUAUCGAUAGCUAGCGUAAUGUUAAGUCGUUGAUGUUAUAAUAUUGUAAGCUUGACGUAGCGAGCCACUCUAGUCAUUACACACACAUACAUAAUAUAUUAUACACACAUAGUGACUACAAGUCGGUAGCUGUAGGUAGUGAAACUUUGUACAGAUUUUGUUAAAUCAGCAAAUGUGAUAAUAAAUGAAUAAUUAUGAUUCUCAA